AAUCAGUUUAGAGAAGACAGCAAUGGAACGAUUUGAAGUGAAACCACCUCCCUCCCGCAGCCGUUCCAAGACCGCUUUGUACGUGACUCCUCAGGAUCGUGUAACGGAGUUUGGCAGUGAACUGUAUGAAGACGGAGGGAAACUGUAUUGCACUUUCUGCAACGUGGUGCUGAACCAUGUUCGCAAGUCUGCAAUCAAUGACCACCUCAAAUCCAAAACUCAUACCAAGCGCAAGGGGGAGUUUGAAGAGCAAAGUGUCAGGAAGAAGCCACGGACUCUGACUGCCUCUCUGCAGUGCAACAGCGUGGCCCAGACAGAAAAACCCAGUGUCACCCAGGACUUUGUAAAAAUGUUUCUGGAAGCUAACAUUCCUCUCGAGAAGGCUGACCAUCCAGCGGUGCGAGCAUUCCUCUCUCGCCAUGUGAAGAAUGGGAACUCCAUACCUAAGUCAGACCAACUAAGGAAAGCCUACUUGCCCGAUGGGUAUACAAAUCAACUUCUCAAGUCUGAAGACCACUGAAGGGAAGGCGACUCGGUUGUGGAUGUGGAGUAUUGAAGUUGCAUAGUGGUGGUGUGGCUUAUUUUUCUAUUCAUGCACAUGCAGUGUUAUGUCAUGGAUUUUGUAUUGUGGAAAUGACAAUCUGUUACAGAAUGCAAUGAUGUUAAA